AGAGAGAGCGAGAGGCAGGCUUGUUGAAAUGCGCAGCGCAUACUUCAUGAUCGAGCGACGUGACCACACGCAGUUAACCGCAGGGCAGUGGAAUGGCAUAAUGAAAUUAUCAACAGUCAUAAUUCCCCUAACCGAGAUCCGAAUCACAGACGGAGUCAGAUCUGCGUUGAGCACACUAUUUUCCCAUUCUCUUCAAUUCUCUAACUUUUCCCCUCUCUCUUGCAACGUGAAUACCCUCCUAAACGGUGUCGAGGGAAGAGAACCUGCUUAACUGAACUCACAAGUUCCCUGGCCGUCCGUCUGCGCCCUGAGGGAGUUGCCUUGCACCACGAAAGCGCGCGGUGUUGCGGUUCUCCUCCUCUCCCCUCCAACACUGAAAACCAAGAAGGAGAUUUCACUCAAGUCGUGCGGUUGUUUUAUGGAUAUCACUGCUGAGAUGAUCCCAAGGUGAGGCCAGAGAGCUGACCAGCGUCCUUGUCUGUCUGUGCAUCCUCAAGAGCUCACCUCCACAUCUGAUUGGACGAUUGGAUCACCUGAGGGAAACAAAAUGUCUGCUGCUAUGAGCGCCCCCCUCCUGGCCAUCAUCCUCCUCCUGCUGCCCUUGGUGUCUAGUCUCCACCACUCUGACUGCGUCAUCAAGAGAGAACACGAGAAAUGUAUGGAGAGGAUGGCAGAGGAUGACCCAGAAAACGACUUAGAAUUUGGGUGCCCAUGGUUGUGGGAUAACCUGACGUGUUGGCAGCCUGCCCGGGUGGGAGAGGUGGUUGUGGUCAGCUGUCCAGAGCUCUUCAUCCAGUUCAUGAGCGAGGAGGACGAUGAGCUGGGGAAGGUGAGUCGUAACUGUACGGAGGACGGCUGGUCUGAGACCUUCCCUCACUAUGUGGACGCCUGCAUGUUCGACGAACCCAACGGAACCCACGAGCAUCCGGACAUGUACUACGUGUCGGUGAAGGCUCUGUACACUGUGGGAUACAGCACCUCUCUGGUUUCUCUCUGUACAGCCAUGGUUAUCCUUUGCAGGUUCAGGAAGCUGCAUUGCACCAGGAACUUCAUCCACAUGAACCUGUUUGUGUCAUUCAUCCUGAGAGCCAUCUCUGUCUUCAUCAAGGACGGGGUUCUGUACGCAGAGGAGGACAGCAACCACUGCUUCUUACACACUGUGGAGUGUAAGGUGGUGAUGGUGUUCUUCCACUACUGUGUCCUGUCUAACUACUUCUGGCUGUUCAUCGAGGGCCUCUACCUCUUCACUCUGCUAGUAGAGACAUUCUUCCCUGAGAGAAGAUACUUCUACUGGUACACCAUCAUUGGCUGGGGGACCCCCACGAUAUGUGUGGUCAUAUGGGCAGUACUCAGGCUGCACUUUGAUGACAUAGGGUGUUGGGAUAUGAAUGAUAAUGCUGGUAUCUGGUGGGUGAUUAAGGGACCUGUGCUGGCCUCUAUCAUGAUCAACUUUGUCCUCUUCAUCGGCAUCAUCAUCAUCCUUGUCCAGAAACUGCAGUCUCCAGACAUCGGUGGGAACGAAUCCAGUAUUUACCUGCGUCUGGCUCGCUCCACCCUGCUCCUGAUCCCACUGUUUGGGAUCCACUACACUGUGUUCGCCUUCUCACCCGAGGACGUCAGCAAGAGGGAGAGGCUGGUGUUUGAGCUAGGCCUUGGCUCCUUCCAGGGCUUCGUUGUGGCUGUUCUCUACUGCUUUCUGAAUGGAGAGUAUCUCCCUGAAGGUGCAGUCGGAGAUCAAGAGGAAAUGGCGCAGCUGGACGGUGAACAGGUACUUUGCUGUGGACCUGAAGCACCGGCACCCUUCGUUGGCCAGCAGUGGGGUGAACGGGGGAACACAGCUCUCCAUCCUCAGCAAGAGCAGCUCUCAGAUCCGCAUGUCCAGCCUACAGGCCGAGUCGCCAGCCACCUAAGCCACAUGAACUUCAACGGUGAAGCCCAGGGCCAAAGCCAGGGAGAGACCAACACUACUACUACUACUUCUAUCACCCCUACACCAAGACCCAUCAGCCACUUCCACACUGGACCUGAUACUAUGACCAACCUCAACCCUACACCCAACCUCACCCCUACAUCCAACCUCACCCCUGCACCCAACCUCACCCCUAUACCCACACCCAACCACAGACCACUACCAGUGACCAGCCUCACCAACCCAUACCCAUUCCCCAACCCAUACCCAGACACCACCAACCCAUACCCCGAGACAACCAACCCAUACCCUGACACAACCCUGAUCCUGGACUCUGGAGAACGCAUCCCGGACCCUCCUAACUGCACUGCACCCAAAAGCCCAACUGAGCCCUUCAUCUAACCUAACUGGAUCAACAACUCAACCCUAAUAAAGCCAUGCCGAAUCAAUCACACCCAAACAAACCCAACCCCUAGCCCUAUCCAAACUAACCAACCCAAUACAAUCCAAACUAACCCAACCCCUAGCCCUAUCAAAAAUAAUCCAACCCCUAGCCCUAUACAAACUAACCCUAGCCCUAUCCAAACUAACCCAACCCCUAGCCCUAUUCAAACUAAUCCAACCCCUAGCCCUAUCCAAACCAACCAAACCAAUACAAUCCAAACUAACCCAACCACUAGCACUAUCCAAACCAACCAACUCAAUACAAUCCAAACCAACCCCAAACCCUAUCCAAACCAACCAACCCAAUACAAUCCAAACUAACCCAACCCCUAGUCCUAUCCAAACCAACCCAAUACAAUCAAAAUUAACCCAACCCCUAGCCCUAUCCAAACCAAACCAACCCCUAGCCCUAUCCAAACCAACCCAACCCCUAGCCCUAUCCAGACCAACCCAACCCCUAGCCCUAUCCAAACCAACCAACCCAAUACAAUCCAAACUAAUCCAAAUUCUAGCCCUAUCCAAACUAACCCAACCCAAUCCAAACUAAACCAACCCCUAGCACAAUCCAAAUCAAGCAACCCAUUAGAAUCCAAACUAACCUAACCCCUAACCCUAGUCCUUUUUAAACCAACCCCGUAACUACCCAAUUAUCCUAUUUUGGUGUGUAUAUGAAGGUAUUUUCUGACUUUAUUGUACAGGUAGAGGAUGACAGUGGGAAAAUAUAGAGGUUGAGUGAGCCUGAUUCAAACCCAUGCCGACACCGUAGAGACCAACCAGGCCACUCAACUCCUAGUUGUAACCAAUCCAACCCAUCCAUUUCCAACUGAACCCAACACCUAGUCCUAUUCCUAACCAAACCAACCCACCACUAUCCAAACUAACCCAACACCUAGUCCUUACCAAUCCAACUCAUCCAUACCCAAACUAACCUGACUCCUAUUUCUAUCCAAACCAGCCCAUCACUAUCUGAACUAACCCAGCCAACCCUGACUUAACCUACCCCAACAUUAAAACCCAACUCUACCAGACAUAGGACCAGAAAACCUAACACCUCACCAGCAGAACCUGUUCACGAGCAGUUGGAGGUGAAUCCACCUUUAAACUGUUACAACUACAGUGUCUCCAUCAUGGAGCAACCCACCGUCGGGGGCCGUGGCCUAGCAGUGAAUGUCAAUCACCAUUCAGAAACCAUCAGACAAGGAUCUUUACAGGGAAGGCAGAAAGCUAUGUCAAGGAAAAGCAUGGUUCAUGGACUGUACAUAUCAUCAUGGUGUUAUGUCAAAAACAUUCCCCCCGUUUGGUUUAUCAUGUAGAGCAGAAGAGGUGGACCACUUCAGUGCUGCUGGAGCAUCCGUCUAAUACGACCAGUCAUUGGAAUCAUCAUCGUGUCCGAAGAAUGACAAUAAGUAUUUAACGACUCCUCCUCUCUUUCCUCAGUCUGUCUUUCAGCUUGUUGCAGACUCAAGUUAAGACUGUGUUUUGUUGUUCUGGGUAUUGUUGUUGUUAUGGCAACUCACUUAUGGAGCAGUAACAAAACCAUGAAGCCUCUAUCAGAGUCCAAAAUGUGCAUGUGUACGCACAGCAGUGUUCUAGAAUAUUGGACCGUUGGCUUUCAUACUUUUCGAAUUCUCAGCGCGGCUCAAGCAAUGUCUCCAACUGUUAACACAUUCAAAUGAAUAGAGGACACGUACGCGGAGCACGUUGGUUGGGAAUUUUGGCAAGGUGCCCGUUCGGGCUGUGCGUCUCAGAGCCACGUAGCUACAGUAUGUCACAAUGGGAUGCCGGACUAUCACGUCACUAAGUCUGUGGUCGGACUAUCACGUCACUAAGUCUGUGGUCGGACUAUCGCCUCACUGAGUCUGUGGACUCUCAAUUACGCUUUACACGUCCUGUACAGGAGAAGCAACCAACAGGCCAAUCGAGACAGACUGACCUAAUGUAAAUAUUUAUCAGCUGACCAAUCAGGUUGCAGGUGUGAGCCUGUUUAUAGAGGGCAUAUAUUUAGAUAGACAUCAUAUCUUUGUAUCUGUCCCAUUAUGGCAUCUGUGAGAGCGUGGGCAGCUCCAUUAAGGACAUCUCCAUUUUGAAGUAAUCCUUUUAUUAUUUUACUACUUCUAUGAGUUGGCAAACAAACUGAAAGGAUGCAUACUGCGAUCUGGAGUAUUAUUUGAACAGGUAUAAAGGUUGGCGAUUUACUGCCACCUGCAGUUAUGGAAUGUUUGCUCACAAUAAUAAUUAAUUGGCUGAUCCCUCCUGAUGACCUGGAUGGAAUUAUGUGAUCCUUCCUUAACCCAUAGGAAGUCCCAACCAGUUGACUACUAAAAAUUGUGAAAGUCCUUAAUGGCACUGCCCAUGCUAAAAAAGGCUUUUGGCCACUAGUGUUGUCUAUCUAAGUCUAUGGUACAGGGAGAAUGAUCGUGUGAGUUUACUGUAAAAUAAUGAACAGUGAAAGGACACAAAAUGGAGGCUAACGCACUACAUCAUGGGAUACUAUUCAGGCCUGGAGACUCAAGCCAGGAUCAAGGCAAAAUAAGUAAUUACUGGACCAACAGUAGAAACAAUGACUCUUAAAAUAUGAGGAUAAAAGUCAACCACGACCAGAAGUAGAGCAUCAUAGUGCUUUGUAUCACCGUACUAUGACGUCAACAGCUAUGUGUCAGCCAAUGGCACAGGCCACCUUUACCUGUGUAAGCUGUGAUUGGUGGAGUGACAGGAAGAUGAUGAUGUCACUUCCUCCUUGCUAUAUGUACCACUCUUACUAGAGAUUGAGGAAUUCUUCCCACUGCGCACACACUGGUUGAAUCAAUGUUGUUUCCAUGUAAUUUCAAUGAAAUUAUGUUGAACAAAAGUGGAAUAGACAUUGAAUUGACGUCUUUGCCCAGUGGGAUUCUUCUGAGGAAGACAGAUGGCAUGGGUAAAACCAGUAUUUAUGUGAAAGGUAUAUUUUCUACAGUUCAUUUAUGAGGAAUGAAAUGCCAAAAAUAAAACAUGCGUUAAGGUAAGAUGGUAAUCUAUUUUAGAAGUUAUUUUAGAAGGAUGAACAAUGCUAAGGUUUGCCAACUACGACCAUUACACAACAAACCUCUUUAAAUCUUAGCAUUGCUUAUGAUGAGAAGAUGCCUUGGGUCUUUUCGGGUGAGGAUUGAUAGUGCCACUAGUUUUAAACAGCCGGUAGUACAGAAAAUGUCAACGACAACUUACUCAUGAAUGGGUAUCAUGAGUUCAAUGUAUAACUGUGUUACAUUGUUUGCAUGAAUUGUAUUUUUCUUUCUUAUUUCGAAUCUGUUUACAAUUGUUUUGUGAGAUUAUUACUGUACCUGACACUGAAAAGGCAAUGCAGUCCAAUCUAGAUUUUACUUAGUUUCUUCAGCAGUCUCUCAGCUAGCUUCAAUAUCUAUAUUUAACAAAAUAGACAGAAAGUAUCUUACCACAUUGAGUUUUGAUAAACACCUUCCUGAAUUGUGUUUAAAAAAAAUACUAGCCUGAAAUGAUUAUUUUGGGGUAUUUCUCUCAUUCCAAAGAUGAACACUCAACUCCACACUGAGUUUGCACGGCCGUAUACAUUUGCAAAGGCUGAGUAAAAGCUUUGCAACUGAUGUCACUACAGAUUUGAUCCUUUGGUCUGAUUUAACUGUUAUUAUUCUAUAUUCUAAUCCCAUGUUAAUCCUAAUCCCAUGUUAAACUCUCCUAAUUUACUUUAGUCUCCAAAGUGCCUUUAUGCACAAAACGGCAAGUAUUUCUGUUAAUCUGAGAGAUUUUUUUAGACUUUAUUUUUUAAACGAAACUGCAAAGUAUGUAAAAACAUGUGGUCAACAAAAGUGCUUUUAUGAUGUUACACUGAAUCAGUAUUUUAUUAACCUGGAGGCCUUUGAAAUACCUAGAGCUCAUUUCUGGUUUAAGAUGGGCAUAACCUACGACCUUUAACCUACGACCUAUAACCUACGACCUAUAACCUAUGACCUAAACCACUUUUAUUUUGAGUAUGGUCAAUCUAUAUCAUAUACACAAUAAUAUGUAUGAUUGAUUGACUGUUCUAUUUUGCAGCUUUCAGUCCUUUAUACUCAUAAUAUUGUUUGUAUAUCAAAAUAAUGGGACACUGGUUGAUUGAAUUAAGUGACUGUGCACCGUUUGUGACUGCAGGCAAAUGCUGUGCUUUUUAACUGGAGUGAAAGACACAAAAAUUUAACAUAAAUUCUCAAUUUGGUUUGGUCACGUACAGUACAAAUAAUUGACUUUAUUCUCAAACUGAAACUGAAAAAACAAAACGUUUUGUCAUAUUAUUUUAUUUCCUUGUCGAUGUAUACUAUAAAGUAUGGAUAAAGCAAGAAUGCAUAUCUGUAAACAGUGUGUUAGCGUGUCAAACGUUUGAUGAACAGUUGAUGAUUCCCCAGCCCACCCGAAAAAGCACAGUUCUUUAACAAGACUAUCUGAUCAGAAACACACUACAGUCGUGGUCAAAGGUUUUGAGAAUGACACAAAUACUAAAUAACUGCCAUCAUGUCAGUGAU